UAUCGUCAGAAUAGAGACAAAGACAAUGCGAUAGAGUUCACUUUUGGCCAUUCGCAUCAUAACAUAUGAAAACUGAAGGUUUCUCGAUCGGGACCAGAUGCGCUUUUACGCACUCAGUCUCCAGCACUCACACUCUGCCGCUUUUUACGCACACUAGAUAUUUGACUCCUCAGUCGUCGGCACGAUGUCAAACGUCAGAAAACCGCAUUAUUCUAUAGGAAGAGGCCGUGUGUCAUUCAUUUUAGACUCUUGAGAGGGCCAGUUUGUUUCUCGAACACGACAUGACCAACUCAUUAAUGGUUUCACUGGGGUUUGCUUAGGCUUUCUUUCCCCGUUCCACUUCAGACACCAUAGAUCUGCCAAAGAGGGAUUUGUAACUUCAGGAUUUACUUGAAAAUCCUCGGAAUCUGCGGAUAUCUCUCCCAGGGAUACGUCAAAAGGAGACCAUGAUAGCUUUAUCUUUCCUCUACGCGUUGUGCAUGUGCAUGAGUUUAGUCUGUCCUUUGCUGGGAACAGGGUUUGUUUAUCGCUUUCCAGGCAUCACUGUGCAACGGCAGCGCAUCAAAUCGGAACAGAGCGGCAACACUGGGCCGCCAGAUACCGGGUCCCGUACCCAACUCAGGAACUGGUGUCAGUAUACUGUUUCCAGAACAGUGUCCUGUCAGGUGCACAAUGGGACAGAAACCACAGUUCAGAGAGUGUUUCAGGGCUGUCGAUGGCCCGGACCCUGCUCGAAAGUCAUCAGCUACAGGACCCUGAUCAGGCCGUCCUUCAAGGUUACCUACAAGCAGGUUACCACACUGGAGUGGAGAUGCUGCCCAGGGUUUGUGGGAGAAGAGUGUCGUGAAGACCGUAUGAACUGUACCAGUUUCACUGACAUGAACAGCAGAAUAAAUGCCAUCGAAUCAAAGAUCAAGCUGUUAAUAGCGGGACGUUCAUUCCUGCCGAGCAGUUUACCAGAGGUUUCAACAGACAACGAGGUGGACACACCCCAUCCCACUCCCAUCGGACCGCCAUUAUACCUUCCACCAGUACCAGGAGGUAGAGGGCCUCCAGGGCCCAUCGGACCACCAGGACUUCCAGGUUCUGCAGGAUCUCCUGGUCCGGCUGGAAGAGCAGGCCUCCCUGGACCCAUCGGACCAAAGGGGGACAGAGGUCUACCAGGAGAAAUAGGUCUCCCCGGCCCUCCUGGUCGACCGGGUCCUCCAGGGCCGAACUCCUCUCCUAUUCUGCGGGGUGACGUUUUUCAUGCGGACAAUCAAGCUCUCCCAGCUCCUCAGAUCAUAAUCGGGCCUCCUGGUCCAGCUGGUCCUGUUGGACCGUCAGGCCCUCCAGGGCUGAGCGGACCUGCAGGGAUGCCAGGCCUGCCGGGAGGAGAUGGCAAGGACGGUCUCCAAGGCAAGCCGGGGGAUCUUGGGCCUAAAGGAGAUCCAGGGGAAAGGGGGCCUUCAGGUGUAACAGGCAAGCAGGGCCUUCCUGGAGCACCAGGGCCAAAAGGAGAACCAGGAGAAGGCUUGAAUGAGGGCGAAACUGUGCAGCAGCUCAGGGAGGCCCUGAAGAUCCUGGCCGAGAGGGUCUUGAUCCUAGAGCACAUGAUCGGCGUUCACGACAACUCGGAAGGAUCUGGAUUUGGCAGCUUUUCUGACCCCAUGUCUUUCCCUGCCAUAAAGACCAAGCGCCUUCAGCCUGUUCAACCCCCACCUCAAACUCCAGUACUGGGGAAAAGACAAAGACAAGCUCCUCUUUAAGAGUAUAGUCUCAUUUUGUAUGUAUGUGAAUACUUGUGAUGGAUGUGGCAGAUUUUGCUUGACUUGAAGUACAGUUUUUGUUUAUCUGCUAUCAUGUCUCUCAUACCUUGAUUAUUACAGCUUAUUUGCCUAUCAUUGUCUUUUUUGGUCACAGCUGUAUAAACGAAGCUCUUUGCAGACAUGAGAUGUUGAGCAUUUCAUCCACAUGAAAGACUUGAGCCUUUUGAACCUUGUUGCUGCAUGAUUUUAGUAUACAUAACCAUAGCAGCAGCACGUGCACAAUGUUGUACAAUGAAAUAUUAUCUCAUAAAGUGUUGUGAAGGUUUUGGCAUCCUUCUUUCCUCAGAUAAAAGACUGCCUAGUAAACACAUCACUUUCCUUGGCUGAUGUUGCAAAGCUCCUCAGGUUGCGACAUGAGUUCCCGAGAGCUGGACCCAAAAUAUACCAUUUAGUGUCAAACACAUUUUUGGAACGACCUCAGGGUUCAUCUCAUGUUAGCCUGUCAACCAUAUUUCUUCUUUCUCUCUCUCUCUCUGGUUGCUCUGCCUUGUUAAAACUGAGGUAAGACAUGACAAGCUGCCAAGAAUAUCUGCUUAAAAUAAAGUUAGGUGAAAUGGAUAGCAUCUGGAGAGCGCACAUCUGGAAAGCAAAAGGAAAGGAUGCUGAAACAGUUGAGUUUUGGCCUGGAAACCGCAAACCAUGCUCGGCUCCAGUGCUCCAGUACACCUUCACAUGACUGGAUGAUGGAGCACUAAACCUGACAGAAUUACAUUGACUUCCUCACAAACUGCUUCUGAAAUUUGUUUCUAAAUUGAUAUGAUUAUUAUUUAAUAAUUCUCUGAGAGAGUCUCUGUUGGUCGCUGAAUAAAGCUUUGACCAUGUCUGGUACAAUCUUUGUUUUCUCCAUUACACGGUUCAUUAUGUAAAAGGAAUAGUUCAGUGUUUUGGGAUUUCAGCUUAUUCGUGAAGAUUGACACCACUCUCAUAUCUGUAUGCUUAAUAUGAAACUGGAGCCAGCACCUUAGCUUAGCACAAAGUCUGAAAACAUGGGUAAACAGCUAGCCUGGCUCUGUUCAAAGGUGGAAAAAGAAAUCCUCCUAUCAGCACUUCAUGGUGACGACAAGGCUGUGCUGAAGGCAUUCAGACUGAAAUUUUGAGCAGCUGGGUGGGAAAAACUGGUCAUGGCAGCCUCUGACAUUACAGAAGUGUCAACAAACCUUUGGAGAAAGCGACGAAAUAUGGCUGCCCUCACUGACAGUUACAUUAAAAAAUAUAUAUUAACACUAGUAGACCAAUUCAAACAAUUUCAUAAGAGCAAUACACUGUUAGUGUGCAUCUGGUUUAAGUUGUUAAUGAAGUGCUACAAAUAUAACACAACAAAAGAAACUAAUUAAGGAAAGCUAUCUGGUAGCAGCGGUGGUGAUUAUUUUUGAAUAAUGCGAGAAGACUCCCAAGUUAGAAUAGCAGGAGAUUUUUGUCUUCCCAUUUUACUUACAUGUCCCGGACAAGAAAUAUUCGGGCACAUAUCAUCUGUAAAAAAAAAACAUGUUAUUUUACACAGAAGUCUUUUGUAUAGAUUGAGCAAACAGGACAUAACAUGUUAAUGUAGGGGCUUUACAGAUGCUGGUAGGUGUUAGCUUCAGGCAGGGCCAGGCUAGCAGUUUCCCCCUGUUUCCAGUCUUUGUGCUAAGCUAAGCUAACUGGCAACUGCUUUUACCACAGAGAUGUGAGUGGUAUUGAUUUCCUCAUCUAACUCUCAGCAGGAAAGCAAAUAAGCAUCCCAAACUGUAAAACUCUCCCUUUAACCAUCAUUAGCCGAAAUGAGAUGGAUGUGUCUGUAUCUGUUGUUCAGUCUCUGAUAACAUAUUAUAUGUUGUAGAGGUUUGAGUCUACUGGUUUACAUGUACUUUUUAAAUACCAUUGUUUUGUUGGGUCUUGUGCAUGUUUCAUUAUCUUUUAUACUAAAAAAAAGUUCAGGUGUGCUUUUCUGUUUAAUUUGCGAGACACUGUGUUCAGCAGAUAUUUAAAUGUGUGGAUUAUUGAAGUAAGAUUAA